CCUCUUGCAGACAGCAGCAGUCGACUGUGCUCUGCCACUCUUUCACUGGGAGUGACCUUUUCUCCCUUGCCAGAGUAUUAUUGGGCCCUUGCACCCCGCCGCUCGACGUCGAGGCCACAAGUACUUCAUUGCCAGCAUGGCCAGCAUAAGUCCCAUAGUGUCAGCACUAGCUACCAAUGGCCCAGUAUCGUCUAUUCGCAGGAAACCCCAAUUCACAUACCGGUCACCACCACUCUCGGACCCUCGCUCUCUCAAAGCCUCCAUUUUCACCAUUUCCUCGAGGAUAGCACCACCUGGAAAGUCUAAUGUCGCAGGAAGGGAUGUGCUACCAGUGAGCGCGGCAUCUGCCCCAAGCAAGUCAAAAAAGCACCCCAUGGGCCCACCUCUGCCCCUUUAUCAUCCCUUGGGUCCAUUAGCACUCUCGCUGCCUCCGCUAGACCCUACUAUCUUCGGUUUUCCGGCUGAUAUCACUGUGGAUGAUGAUGAAGGACGCCAGGCACCGGGACGUGGAAAACGGCCAGCCGCCCAGGGUGCCGAAGAAGAGGACACCAAGUCGGCAACGUCUGCCACGGCUUCCGUAACAGUCGUACCAGUGCCGGCGCGUGAAGUAAAGGAAAAGGCCAGCAGUCCGAGGAAGAAACGUGGUGGAGGCGGGAAGCGGAAGCGGAAAGACGCCGACGACGCCGAUGCGACAUAUCCAGCUAAACGGACGCGUCAGUCGCGAGCCCAGCAGAUAGAAGAAGGUUCUCCAAUAGAAGUUGUGAACACGCCGAUAUCUGAGGGUAUUUCUACUCCAGAACCGGGCCUGGCACUUGACGGUAACGAAGACAAGUCAAAGCCAGGGCGCAGGACGACACGGUCUCGCGGCCAGCCCGAGCGACGGGAUUCUAAUGCAAGCGAGGCCACGUCGACAUCUGCCGCAGCAUCGGCUACGAUUCCAACAAGAGAAAAAGAUAUUAUAGGCGAGGACAAAAAAUCUGAUACGGAGGCGCCGGAACCGAAUGGUGGUGAUACGACUGCUUUGGAAAGCAAGCGUAGCGUUCGAAGUAGCAGUAAGGAAGAGGGAGAGAUCAGUGAGGACCCGUAACUUGUCCCCAGUAUUCGCUGAAUACCUUUGCUGAACAUUCUUGCUUUUUGUUCUAUUCCCAUACGAUUCACUCUGUACACCCACAGCAUCGCACCAUAUAUUCCAUCUAUAUCUCCACAUGUCUAUUCUCUCUGUACAUCCGUAUAUUCCAGAAAUUUAUGUCAGCUGAAUCCUCAAAGGAUCGUCGCGAGAAAUAU